CCUGCCUCCUACUUUGACGUUUGGCAGGCGCAGCAUCUCUGACUGUCUCCCAGGUGUGAUCCUGUGAAUAUUUGUUGGCUGUCUUCAAUGCUUCAGAAACUGUUGGAAAUAAAAGGGAGUAAUUAAAAUAGCCUUUCUUUCAAGAAAUUUUCAGUCUUGUGGGAAACAAGCACACACAUUCCGAAUGUCUAGUAAGGAAGUGAAGACUGCUCUAAAAAGUGCUAGAGAAGCAAUCAGAAAUAAAGAAUACAAAGAAGCACUGAAACAUUGUAAGACAGUGUUAAAACAGGAGAAAAAUAACUAUAAUGCCUGGGUUUUCAUUGGUGUUGCUGCAGCUGAACUGGAACAACCUGAUCAGGCCCAGGGUGCCUAUAAGAAAGCUGCUGAGCUAGAGCCAGACCAAUUACUGGCUUGGCAGGGGUUAGCAAGUUUGUAUGAGAAAUGUAAUCAAAUAAAUGCGAAGGAUGAUUUACCUGGUGUUUACCAAAAGCUCCUGGAUCUUUAUGAAAGUGUUGACAAGCAGAAGUGGUGUGAUGUCUGUAAGAAACUUGUGGAUCUGUACUACCAAGAAAAGAAUCAUGUAAAGGUGGGCCAGACAUGGCACAAAUUGAUAAAGAUACGGCAGGAAGAAGGUGCAGACAACCAAGAGCUUCAUCAGUUGUGGAGGAAACUAACUCAGUUGUUGGCAGAGAGUACCGAGGACCAGAAUAAUGAGGCUCAGCAAUUGCUUUUAUCUGCCUUUGAGAAUGCACUGGUAUCAUCAGAUAAGAUUCCUAGUGAAGAUCACCAAGUACUCUAUAGCCAGUUCAUUCAGUGUUUAUCCAAAUUUCCUCAUGAGACUGCUCGGUUGAAGAAGGCUUGUGAAGAAAUGAUAAAAAUUUAUCCCACCGUACAAUAUCCAUUAGAAGUGCUUUGUCUGCAUUUAAUAGAUUCAGGAAAUCUUACAGAUGAGGGAUAUCAGUACUGUUGCAGACUAGUGGAAAUGAAUUCAAAAAGUGGUCCAGGUCUAAUUGGUUUAGGUGUCAAAGCAUUUCAAGACAAAAACUAUGAAGAUGCUGUUAGGAACUUAGCAGAAGGAUUAAAGGAAUGUCCUCUGUGCAUAGCUGCAUGGUAUCAUCAAGCAGAAGCCCAAGUCAAAAUGCACAGACUUAAAGAAGCUAUUCUUUCAUGCAAUCAAGUUCUAAAGAACAUAGAUAAUCUUGAUAUGUCUGGUGGCCGUCUUCAUCACAAGAAUCUUUGUCUGCGUGUGAAAGCUGAGGCUUUGAUUAAACUCUCUGACUGUGAAUCUUCAGAAGAAGCAAUUUGUACUCUUGAUCAGGUUUCUGAUGCAAAUAAUAUUCCUGGACUUUUGGUUCUAAAGAGCUUGGCCUAUUUGAACACAGGCUCCUUAGAUGAAGCUUCAAAGAUUAUGGAAGAUCUCCUUUCUUCUUACCCUGACCUAGCUGAAGUUUGUGCCCUGGAGGCUUUUUUUCAUUUUACGAGAAAGGACUAUCUACAAGCAGAAAUAUGUUUCCAGAGAGCUCUUGAGAAAGAUGCCGAAGUUGCAGAAUAUCAUUACCAACUUGGAUUAACUUAUUGGUCUAUGGGUGAAGAAACAAGAAAAGAUAAGUCAAAGGCUCUUACACACUUUCUUAAGGCUGCCAAGUUGGACCCAUACAUGGGCAAAGUUUUUUGCUAUAUAGGCCACUAUUACAGAGAUGUAGUUGGAGAUAAAAACAGAGCCCGUGGAUGUUACAGAAAAGCUUUCGAAUUAAAUGACACUGAUACCGAAUCUGGAGCUGCAGCAGUUGACUUAAGUAUAGAACUGGAAGAGAUGGAAACUGCUUUGGCUAUCCUAACAGCUGUAACUCAAAAGGCCAGUGCUGGAACAGCAAAGUGGGCCUGGCUCAGGCGAGGAUUAUACUAUUUGAAGGCUGGUCAGCAUUCUCAAGCAGUGGCUGAUUUGCAGGCAGCAUUAAGAGCAGACCCAAAGGACUUCAAUUGCUGGGAAUCAUUAGGAGAGGCGUACUUGAGCAGAGGUGGUUAUACAACAGCCUUGAAAUCCUUCACAAAAGCCAGUGAGCUGAACCCAGAAUCCAUAUAUAGUGUGUUCAAGGUUGCAGCGAUACAGCAGAUCCUAGGCAAAUACAAAGAAGCUAUAGCUCAGUACCAUCUGAUCAUUAAAAAGAAAGAGGAUUAUGUACCUGCUUUGAAAGGUUUGGGUGAAUGCCAUCUCAUGAUGGCAAAAGUAGCUUUAGCAGACUAUCUUGAUGGCAAAGCAGUUGACUACAUAGAGAAAGCACUGGAAUAUUUUACUUGGGCUCUACAACAUCGAGCUGAUGCAUCUUGCCUUUGGAAGCUUGUUGGAGAUGCUUGCACUAGUCUGCAUGUUGUCUCACUAGCUAAAGUGAAUGUUAAUGUUUUGGGAAUCCUUCUAGGUCAGAAAGAAGGAAAACAAAUAUUAAAGAAAACAGAGCUCCUUCAUCUUGGAGGAAGGUGUUAUGGUCGUGCUUUAAAAUUGAUGUCAACAUCAAAUACGUGGUGUGAUCUUGGAAUUAAUUAUUAUCGCCAAGUACAACAUCUAGCAGAAUCAGGCAGUAACAUGAAUGAUCUCAAUGAGUUGAUGGAGAAAUCUAUACAUUGUCUGAAAAAGGCAGUCAGGCUUGACAGUAAUAAUCACUUGUACUGGAAUGCUCUUGGCGUGGUAUCAUGUUAUAGUGGAAUUAAAAAUUAUGCCCUUGCUCAGCACUGUUUCAUCAAAUCAAUUCAGUCAGAACAAAUUAAUGCUGUGGCAUGGACCAACUUGGGAGUGUUAUAUCUUGCAAAUGACAACAUUGAGCAAGCUCAUGAAGCUUUCAAAAUGGCUCAGUCCCUUGAUCCAUCUUAUUUAAUGUGCUGGAUUGGACAGGCUCUUAUUGCAGAAACAGUUGCAAGUUAUGACACUAUGGACCUCUUCAGGCACACUACAGAACUCAGUAUGCAUACGGAGGGUGCAAUAGGUUAUGCCUAUUGGGUCUGUACAACACUGCAAGAUAAAAGCAACAGAGAGACUGAAUUGUACCAGUACAGCAUACUACAGAUGAAUGCUAUCCCAGCAGCACAAGUUGUUUUGAGUAAAUACACAGAGAGAAUUCAAAAUUAUGCUCCAGCUUUCACAAUGUUGGGUUACUUAAAUGAGAAUCUACAGCUGAAAAAGGAGGCAGCUGCUGCAUAUCAAAAGGCAAUGUUGUUGUUGCAGACUUCUGAAGACAGAGAUAUGUAUAAUGUUGCAGUAAGAAAUUAUGGUAGACUGUUAUGUGCCAGUGGUGAAUAUGAUAAAGCUAUUCAGGCCUUUAAGUCAAUACCCCUUGAAGAGUUGGAAGACAUCAUAGGUUUUGCGCUGGCAUUAUUUAUGAAGGGUUUAUAUAAAGAAAGCAGCCAAGCUUAUGAGAGAGCCUUGUCUGUUGUUGAAUCGGAGCGAGACAAAGCCCAUAUAUUGACAGCUCUGGCAAUAACAGAAUAUAAACAAGGGAAAAUGGAUGCAGCUAAGACAUUACUAUUUAAAUGUUCUAUUUUAAAGGAGCCCACCACAGAAAGCCUUCAGACCCUGUGUGCUUUGGGAUUGGCAGUGCAAGAUGCUACCCUUUCCAAAGCUGCCCUUAAUGAGUUACUGAAGCACAAGAAAGAGAAAGACAUUGAUUACCAGCAGUGCCUUCUUACCUCAGCGAUUUAUGCGCUGCAAGGCUGCAGAGUGGCUGUGCAGAGACAAGUAUCUAAAGCCGUCCACAGUAACCCAGCCAAUCCUGCUCUUUGGUCUCUUUUGUCCCGAGUGGUUGCUCAAUAUCCCCAACAAAAUGCAAAAGGAGGUGCUGUCGCAGGGAAUGUGGCUCAUAUUCUGGACUCAAAUCACGGAAAGAAAGCAUUACUAUACACCGCAGUAAAUCAGUUGGCUGUGGGAAACAGUUCAGCAUUUGGUGGGAAGAAUACUGCACUAAAGACCAUUCAGAAGGUAGCGCUCCUUUCUCCAGGUGACCCAGCUGUGUGGGCUGGACUAAUGGCGGCCUGUUAUGCUGAUGAUAAACUGGCUCUAAUGAAUAAAACUCAACCAAAGAGGAUGGAUUUACACUUGACACUGUUGUCUGCUGUUUCUGCAUCAAUUAAAGACAAAGAAUUCCUUGAAAAUUACAACCAAACUCUUGAAAAGUGGUCUCUUUCUCAAGCUGUCACUAGUCUGAUAGAUACAAAAAGAAUAUCUGAAGCUGAAGCCCUCUGCACAAAGAACUUAAUCAGUAACCCGGAUCAGCCAACUGUUAGGUUGCUUUUAAGACAAGUGCAGUGCAAAGCACUCCUGGACUCACAAAAGCCCCUCCCGGAUGCUGUCCUUGAAGAACUGCAGAAAACAGUCCUGACAAAUUCAACCUCUGUUCCAGCUUGGCAGUGGCUGGCAUACAUAUAUCAAUCCCAAGGAAUGAUGAGUGCUGCAGAGAUGUGUUACAGAAAGAGCCUGCAAGUUGCAUCGCAGCAGGGUAGCUGGUGUGGGAAGCUCUCAAGUCUGUUGAGAUUAGCACUGCUUGCAUUAGAAGUAUGCAUGGCUAAUAUUUCCAGUGAUCACUGGCCAUCCUUAGUUCAAGAAGCUACAACUGAGGCCUUAAAACUUUGCUUUUGUCCUCUCGCUAUCCUUGUACAAGCUUUAUUGCAGUUCAAUCGCAAAAUGGGAGCAAGAGAGACACGGCGACUUUUGGAGAGAGUGGUGUAUCAGCCAGGGUACCCCAAAUCUGUUGUAUCAACUGCACGUUGGUAUUUACUGAGACACUUACAUGCCAAAAAUGACUGCGAGCUUAUUGAUGUGCUGGUAAACAAUGCCAAAAUACACGGAGAUACAAGAGCUUUGGAUCUGAAUAAGAAAUUGUCCUCACAAUAACAGUUCAUUAUUUUAUAGUAAGAAAGAAUGAAACCAUCAAUCAGUACUUUUCUGUAGUGUAGCAUUAUUUUUAAAAAGCUAUAGUUGGAAUCAUGUGUUU